CACAAGGAAUGAUGCAUAGACAUGUGAUUUUCUCUUCCAGCAGUUACACAUCCUUGGUCUUAGCAGGACAGGGAUGAGAAUGGAUGCUCGGUGACAGGGUGCAGGAUUCAUGAUUUUGUUGUUCCACCAGGUUCCAUCUGGAUGUUUGAGGGUGCAUAGAUGCGGCUGACUUCCCCAAGAGCACAGCAGGGAGAGCAGACUGAAGACUGAGUGAAGGACCUUGGACAGGGCUGGCCUGCUUCCUGCGUACUUGGAGCUGAGGACGGCAGCCCCACCUGGAGGAUGAGUGAGGGGACGGUUCCUCAAGUGGCAUCGCCGCCACCCCCGCAGAAUCAGCAGUACUUUGACCGUUUCUCAGAGGAGGAGCCCGAGUACCUGCGCCUCCGCGGCCGGGCAGCAGACCUGCGGCAGGACUUCAACCUGAUGGAGCAGAAGAAGCGUGUCACCAUGAUCCUGCAGAGCCCGUCUUUCAGGGAGGAGCUGGAAGGCCUCAUCCAGGAGCAGAUGAAGAAGGGGAACAACUCCUCCAAUAUCUGGGCCCUGCGGCAGAUCGCGGACUUCAUGGCCAGCACCUCCCAAGCAGUCUUCCCAGCACCUUCCAUGAACUUCUCCAUGAUGACGCCCAUCAAUGACCUUCACACGGCUGACUCCCUGAACCUGGCCAAGGGGGAGCGGCUCAUGCGGUGCAAGAUCAGCAGCGUCUACCGGCUCCUGGACCUCUACGGCUGGGCCCAGCUGAGUGACACCUACGUCACGUUGAGAGUCAGCAAGGAGCAGGACCACUUCCUGAUUAGCCCUAAGGGAGUUUCUUGCAGUGAAGUUACAGCAUCCAGCCUGAUCAAGGUGAACAUCCUGGGAGAGGUGGUGGAGAAAGGCAGCAGCUGCUUCCCAGUGGACACAGCAGGCUUCUGUCUGCACUCGGCCAUCUACGCGGCCAGGCCCGACGUGCGGUGCAUCAUCCACCUGCACACGCCAGCCACAGCAGCGGUGUCAGCCAUGAAGUGGGGUCUCCUGCCUGUCUCCCACAAUGCGCUGCUGGUGGGCGACAUGGCCUACUACGACUUCAACGGGGAGAUGGAGCAGGAAGCUGAUCGCAUCAACCUGCAGAAGUGCCUUGGACCCACCUGCAAGAUCCUGGUGCUAAGAAACCAUGGAGUGGUUGCUCUGGGUGACACCGUAGAGGAGGCGUUUUAUAAGGUUUUCCACCUGCAGGCCGCAUGUGAGAUACAGGUGUCAGCUCUGCCCAGUGCUGGGGGAGUUGAGAACCUCAUCCUGCUGGAGAAGGAGAAGCACCAGCCUCAUGAGGUGGGCUCUGUGCAGUGGGCCGGGAGCACCUUCGGCCCCAUGCAGAAGAGCCGGCUUGGGGAACAUGAGUUUGAAGCCCUCAUGAGGAUGCUGGACAACCUGGGCUACAGAACAGGUUACACGUACCGCCACCCUGUUGUGCAAGAGAAAACCAAGCACAAAAGUGAGGUGGAGAUCCCAGCCACGGUCACAGCCUUUGUGUUUGAGGAGGACGGGGCCCCGGUGCCUGUGCUGCGGCAGCAUGCGCAGAAGCAACAGAAGGAGAAGACACGCUGGCUCAACACACCCAACACCUACCUGCGGGUCAACACAGCCGAUGAGGUCCAGAGGAGCAUGGGCGUGCCACGACCCAAGACCACGUGGAUGAAGGCUGACGAGGUGGAGAAAUCCAGCAGCGGCAUGCCCAUACGGAUUGAAAACCCAAACCAAUUUGUGCCUCUCUAUACCGACCCCCAAGAAGUGCUGGACAUGAGGAACAAGAUCCGAGAGCAAAACCGACAAGACGUGAAGUCAGCGGGGCCUCAGUCUCAACUCCUGGCCAGCGUCAUCUCCGAGAAGAGCCGAAGCCCGUCUACAGAGAGCCAGCUGAUGUCCAAGGGCGAUGCGGAUACCAAAGAUGACUCAGAGGAGACAGUGCCCAAUCCCUUCAGCCAACUCACUGACCAGGAGUUGGAAGAGUACAAGAAAGAGGUGGAGAGGAAGAAGCUGGAGCUCGAGGGAGAGAAAGAAACUACCGUGGAGGAGCCUGGCUCACCUGCAAAGUCUGCACCUGCCUCUCCGGCAGAGAGCCCAGCAAAGGCUGAGACUAAGAGCCCUGCGGUCUCUCCUUCCAAGUCCGCAGAAGAAGGUGCUAAGACGACAGAGACAAGCAAAGACACCUCAGAGCCUGAAACAGCGCAGCCGGAAGGGGUGGUGGUGAAUGGGAGGGAGGAGGAGCCGUCAGCAGAGGAUGUCCUGAGCAAAGGCCUCGGCCAGAUGACCACCCACGGCGACACGGAUGUCGAGACCUCGAAGGACAAAACCGAGUCGGUCACCAGCGGCCCCAUGUCACCCGAAGGCUCUCCUUCUAAGUCUCCCUCAAAGAAGAAAAAGAAAUUCAGAACCCCCUCAUUCCUGAAAAAGAGCAAAAAGAAGGAGAAAGUGGAGUCCUGACUUGGGGCACCCAGGGGCUCCACUUUGCAUCCUCUUCCUCUUCCCUUGCCUUCUCCCUUCUCUGUCCCUGAAGGCUCAGGGCCACAACGGGGCAGAACUGGACCCUGGCUCCCACGUGCAGGGGGACCCUGCAGAUUGCCUGGCCACUCCCUCAUUUGAGAGUCCCCACAGUGAAAUCAGGCGACUUGCCCAAGGUCAAUAGCUCGUUCACCUCAGAGCCUGCCCUAACAUCAGGACUCCUGGCUCCCAGCCCAGCAUUCUUCCCACUAAACAACACUGCCUAGGUGUGGGCCGCCCUUGUUAGGAUGUUGCCCACCAAGCUGAGCCCAGGGCAAGAAGGCCGGAAAUGGGCUGAGAGGCCUUGAAGGCUCAGAUUAAGUCAGACAGGUCAGGGCUUCCUGCAUGAGGUCCACUUGCAUGCAGGAAUCCAGCCUCCUGCUGGUGGAUUCUCUCUCUCUCUCUUUCUCUCUCUCUCCAUUUAGAAAACUCUUUUCCAGUUGGGUCCCUGUGUUUCUGCUCAAAGUAACCAGACACUUUGACUCGUCCCCUCCAACAGAAGUUAAUCUUUGUUCCCAAGGGCUGAUGGCUUAGCAUGUCUUUCUCCAAAUCCUGAUCCUGAGCUUGCUUCAUGGAACCUCUUGAACGAAGGAUGGAACUGUUGUCAGAGUCGGCAGACACGAGGGCAAGGCAAGGAAGCCUGAGGAUGGGGGCUGGUAUGAAUGAUUAGUACACACCAGGAACUUGACCCCAUUUGGAUCAUACAAUCUCAGGCACUUCAAAACUAAAACCAAAUUGUGCAUAGGCAAGAGCUGUCUCAGGGCAGAAGUUGGGAGAAAUUGAAAUCCUUUGGUGGCUUUGGGUUGUGCAAGGUAGAUCAGAAGCAUGGAGGAAGUGUUGUCGUGCUGUGCCUUCCCAGCUGUGCAUGGCGAGUGGUGUCCCAUCUCUGUGGUCCCGUGUCAGGGGCUUCUGAUGCUCCCUCAGACCCAGGAGCACCUGCUCAUAAACCAUGACUCAUCUUUUCCUUGGCACCUGGACCCUGGCUCCUUUGGUUUCAGCUGGUCCCCCUGGUCCAGCAGAGGAGGAGCAGAGAGAAGUCCUUUGAGGCUCAUCCUCGGAGUGAGGAUGAUCCCAGGCCUGCCACUCUGUGACCCUCCCAGGGCCUGAGAGAAGCCACAGGUCUUGCUUUAGCUUCUAUCCUACUGAUUUCACUUUUGUCCACAGGAUGCCCAUGUAUGAGUGCUGUUGACUCCUCACAGUUAGACAAUCCAUCCUCUUUAAAGCACUGUGUCUUCCCCUUUGUCUUGAUUAUUGUAAAAAUAUUUUUGGAAAUUCUUAAUCACAGUUCACCCAGUUUUGAAUAUUUUCUGUAUAUACACUGUGUCGGCUUCCCACCCAUUAUCCUUAACGCUAGUAAUACUCCUGUGAGGCGGCCAAGAUUAGUCCCAUUUUGAGAAUGAGGAAACUUAACCAUCAGAAGGCUUAUUGACUUGCCCUGGGUGGCUUGGGUGGAAGGCUCUAGGUCCCAGAUUUGAACUUGGGUCAUCCUGAGUUCCGGCUCUAGUGAAUGGACAAAUUUAAUUCCCAGGUGUGACUGUUCUGAGCCUGGUCUUCAUUGCAUAAUGUCAGGACUUGAAAGCCAGGUGUGUCAGCCUACCAGGUUGUAGCCACAACAGGGCACCUGAAGUUUCUGGUUAGCUUAGACUGGGGCAGUGCCCAAGUAGACUUCUGGAAGAGAGGCAAAGCAAGAGCCCAUGGUCCCAUGAUGACUAUGUUUUGAGAAGCAAAGAAUGGAUAUGUGACUAAGGAAAGCCUACUACUCCAUGUCUGUCAUGCAGAUUCCUGAUGACAACCCAGGACCCCUUUCUCUGUUCUACUUGACUGGGGUUGCAUCCUAUGAGGGAGACCCCAAUAGUCAAAAGAUCUGUGUCUCAGAAAAAUCUGUUAUGUAGGACAUGCCUUUAAAAAGCCAAUCAUGUGAUGCCUUCUAUUUAAAAAAUAGAUUAUUUAUUCAUUUAUGCAUUCACUCUUCCUCAGUAUUUGUUAAACAUCCACUAAGCAUUUUGCUACAUUAAAAGAAAGGAAUCAUUGUGCCUACAACAGUAAGUGGCAGACAGUGUUAAAGGAAGAGUGCAGUGGACACAGCCUCUGCCAAGGCUGUUUGCAUAUGAGUGAUUGAAGCAGAGACAAGGAUGAGUGAUGGCAUCAAGGCAGUUCUUUUCAUUCCCUUUGCAACAGUGACAUGGGUAUCAUUGAUAUGAAAAUGCCAGGGCCUUGCUGGAGCAGCUUCCUAAAAUUCAUGCCAUGGGGCCUUUGUACAUUCAUUAAUUUGUUCAUUCCUGGUGUAAAGGGGGGAAAAAAACAGGCACUGAGGUUGGGUCAUGGCAGGGUAUGAGGGUAGGACCUCUAGUUCCUGCCUUCAGGAAUUUUAUGAGCAUAGGAGACAUGUAGAUAAAUUGUAAAAUGGGCCAGGGUACAGAGACAUGAGGAAGCAAGAAUGAACUAAAAAUUCAUGAAAGGAAUGAUCACUAAGCUAGGUUUUCCAAACAAGGAGGAAUUUCCCAGGAGAAGAGAGGGUUGGUUCGGCAUUCCAUGCUGAGAGAGGAACAUGGGCAAAGGCAUAGGAAUGUGGUGUGUUCCACAGGGUGGCACACUAUAGCCAGAGUGAGCCCCAGGUGGAGGGCCCCAAGUGCUUCUUGAAGUUAGACGGCUAGGUCCUCAAGUAACUUGUAGAAAGUGUGGAGGGCCUAUGCUUUCUUAUGUAAGUAGUUGGGUGCCUUGGAGGGCAUUAAGUCCACAUGGCAUCUUGAUUAGACCUGAACCAGAGACUGGAAGGGACAGGGCCGGGGGUGUGGAAGAUCUGAUGAAAUGUCAACAUUGAAAUGCAACUCAGAACCACGUGUUUGACAGCCCAUCUCCCACCACGUUGUUCUUCAUAGCCAAUGGUGACCUUCCAGUCCAGAGUCCAUUGUCAUAAAAUUUUUUGGAUAAAGCAUCUUUGGAAAGAUUUUCAGCAAGAAGAGAGGAAUAUUCAAAGAGCCAGUGGUUAGUUUCCAAUCCUAUUUGUUCUUGGUGUAUAAUUGCUUCGAUAGCUGUUGGACCCUUCUACCCAUGUCCUCUUCCCUGGACAUGUGAUAUGCUUAGCUCCAGGCUUGAGGACGUGUGCCAAGUGCCAUAGAAACGGACACUCAGUCCCAGCACGACCAUAGCUGCCAGGGUGAGAGGAAGGCAUUUCGGUGGUUCUGUAUGAAAGCUGGCUGAAUGCUUCAGAUUGUACCAGGAACAUCUGACUGGAGAAAAUGCAUAUCUGAGAGCUCAGCAAUUGUAGGCUAUGGAUUUAAUUCUCAGUGUGUCACUUAGAGUGCUUGCAUCUUCCAGACAAGGGAUGUGAAAUUUUGAAUUUCCACUCUGUGGCUGGCUGAGCAGGGAAGUGGGAAAGUUUCUAAACCUGCUUUUGUGGGAAGGUGUCAGGAACUGGGACAGGGAGGAAGGAGGGAUGAAUGGUGAGAGAAAGAAGCUUGGCUCCAGACUUUCUUGUGUGCCAUUGACUGAUCCCCAGUCCCAGGGUGGGACAAUGAUCCUCCCAUCUAAGCUUCAAAAGGCUGUUUCCACUUCCUGACCUGCAGAUGACUCAGGCGACUUCUUGUAUGGGCCAGGUUGUACACAAAGAAAUAACCCACUUAGCACUGUAGUCACAAAGACGAGUUUCUGCUUCUAUGUGUGGAUGGGUUCUUUAUAAAGGAUUUGGAUGAGAAGCAGGUUCUUAGAGUAGAAACCCCACUGCGUAAAGCUCUGCCAUGUGCCAGGCAUUCAUGUUGACUGAGCCUGCAUCCUGUUCCCCAUUGGGUGUUCUCUCUCCCUCCCUCUCCCCCUCCCUUCCUCCCUCAUAGGGCAAGGCAGGCAGUCAGAUGCAGUUCUUCAUUGCUGUGACAGUGUGCCAUCACUCUUGUCAUUAUGGGAGAAGUGCUAUCAGUCCAUGUCUUUAAUUGUGGCAGAUUUUAAAGAGCCAUUCACCUGACAGAAUGAUUGACUGCGAAAAGUCUAAGGGGUUAAAAAUAAGGUUGGAUUUUUCCACAACAGAAUUCACAGCAAUAGACAGACAAACAUCCUGCUAUAAGCCUACAGACCAGACUUUUAAAUAAGUGAGUUUUCUUUUUUCUAGUUCAAGACCCAAAGUAGACAGUCCUUGAUCAUCAAAGAAGUGAGAGAAUAUUGCUCCUUGAUUACGUUUGAACCUGUGGGUUGGCAGAAGCACCCUCGUUGCUUGGCUUGGUUGCAGCAGACUUCAAGCAGAACAGGCACAGGGCUUCUUAGGUGGUCCCAAUGUGGGAGCUCAACUGUGUCCUCGGAGAAAUUCUGAGAGGGAGAGGAUGCCUUGGUGGCCUCCACUCACAGAGGACAAGCCAGGGUCCAGUGCAGAGUCCGAUGGCGCAAGAUGUCAUCUUCUGUACACCUGUUCUGAGGGGAUCAUUUAAUGUAGAAAGAGGCAUGAAGGGACUUCAGGUUUAGGAAAUAGGCUCGCUGGCCAUCAUCCAUGCACAGUUGCAUUGCGAUAUGCAAAAGUGUGUGUGUGUGAUGAUUCCCAAAGCCCCUGAUUAGGACCCACAUCCUCUGGGCGUGACACCCUUGUGGUCAGAAAUGAGAGUCUCUGUGUAGAGCUCCAACACUGAGGCAUGUCCAGCUCUCCUUUGCCUUGCAGGAAGCCAUACCCAGCUCACUGGCGGGGGUGGGAUGGGGGCUGCUGUAAGGCAGGGCAUUCUUUGGUGGCCAAGGCCCCUUGCAUUGUGUUUAUACAGACAGUCCCUUUGAAAAUGUAGUUUCCUGUUCUUAGGAAGAAUUUGCAGUUGAGUGUUCUUAAAGAUGCAGAAGUGAUGGUUUGUGUUGCUUCCCACUUAGGUGGCAUGAAGAGUUGCCAAAUUGGUGUUUGGUGGCCCAGUUUUCCCUGGUAAGGUCUGGUCCCUUUUUCCUUUCUUGCCCACUGUUACCCAUGCACCAGGAUGAGGACAGCUGUGAUGGACACAUCGCCUCCUACAAAGACCCUGCAAGCAUUGAAGUGGGGAUGCUUGCCGGCUGGCUGCAGAGAGACCCUCAGCUUUCCUCUCUGCAGCAAGCUGUCUUAUGGAAAAGCCCAAGGGACACUUGAAAAGUGUCACAGCCCCUUAAAGAAUGGGCAGUCAUUCUCCAUCGUGCCCACCUCACACCCACGGUUCUCUCUUGGGUAGGCAGCUGAUACCAACUCUUUAAAUUCCUGCCAUCUCUGUCACUGGGAACCACUGGGUCCCAGGGCUCACCCUGUCACGGGAGUGCAGGGCAGAGCUCAGGAGGUGGGGAUGGCCCAACCGGGGUGCAUGGUAACAGGAACCCCAUCUAGACCGAGGGUGCAGUGUUCUCUAGCGAAAUGUCUGUGUCUGACAAUCGUCACAUGUGGGUUCUCCUCUUGUUUUCCCUUGUACAUACAUGGUCUGUGUGUAGCCUUCCUAGUAUCAUGUGGUUUCAAAUAGGGGUUCCAUGUAAAUAUUCUUUGUGCGAUUGAAAUGCUGGCCGCCCCACCUCUUCCGGUCCCAGAUCCUGUGUCACCCCACAAAUGGUGUUGCCUCUAUGCUAACACGUUUUGAGCCACUCACAUGCAGACGGAUGAUGCAUUUCUUGGGCUUUUAUUUUGCAAUUUUAUAUAUAUACACACAUAUAUAAUAUAUAUAUAUAUUUAUGGAUUGGUUUUGUAUAGUUUUCUGUUUGAAUCUCUGAGCACCAAAGCUGCCCUUGGAUGUUCACUGGAUUUUCCCUGAGCCCUUCCACUGCUUUGGUGUCUGGCCGUGUUGUGGGGGCCGCAUUCUCGCCCCUGGGUUUCUGUGCGUGUGUGCUGUUCUCUCACCUGCAGGCAUUGCCCUAGUAAAUCAAACGUGCUUGGCUUC